AUGAUGUGGACCUUUCAUGACUGUAUUGGAAUUGUUUUCUUUUCCAGUUUCUGCAUCCAUCUCGGUUCCUCUUUCAGUGGAAAGUUCACUGAACUGCCGUCGAAUCUAACGGCCAAGGAAGGUCAGAACAUCGAGAUGGCGUGUGCUUUUCAAAGUGGGACGUCCUCGGUGUAUUUGGAGAUUCAGUGGUGGUUCAUCCGCGCUCCCGAGGAACGCAAUACGAGCGGAGAAGACACGGACGCGCAGAUGGCAUUGAUUCCAAAUGAUCCUGAUGAUGAAGGGACUAAAAUAAGUACCGUGAGAGUACAAGGGACUGAUAUAUCCCACAAAUUACAAAUUUCCAAAGUCGAGAAAAGCGACGAGGGCUUGUAUGAGUGUCGAGUCACGGACGCCAAUUAUGGAGAGCUGCGAGAAUACAAGGUGCAGGCCUACCUCCAGGUGAACAGCACCACUCGACUGUGGAACAAAGCCAUCAAGAAGACGUCCCCAUUGCACCUGACGGAUAAAAAACCACGGAAAACAAACGCACCUUCUGCACGAGACGGCAGCCUGAGCUCGGACCAACGCAUCCACUCUACCUCCAGCUCUCAGACAAAGUCAGCCAAAACAGUGAAACACAGUCACGGUUCAGGUACAAGGACAACUACAAGCUACGGACUUGCUGUCUUGCUUCUUGUGUGCAGCUUUGUGAGGGUAACGUCGUUGUAGCUUCAAGCACUGACUCUUUCUACUUUCCCUUUCUCUUGUUUACGCAAAGAGAAAGUUGCCUGCUACUCGGUGGAACAGAGCACAGUUUGGCCCGCACAUCCAAGCACCUCUCUGCACCCACUGCAUUUUAAUCACCUUCAUGAGAGUCACUCUUUUUAAUAUCUGUCAAGACUUCUGUUUGAACUGCACCAACAGCUUGAAUAAACAGGCUUCA